CCCUCUUCAACUUUCCCCUUUAUCUUCCUCACCACAUUCCCAAGCCCGCGCGUGCUCGAGGGACGAAGCUUGCCAUCUGAGCAAGAGGCACAUGGACUAGAUGUACUGCAGUGUCUAGAUUCAACUCGGGUCAUUGUAUCUUGUUGAGGUAACUAAGUUGUUGCUACCACAGCUUGUGAACAAGAGGAGGAGCAUGGCCGUCGUGAAAGACAUGUCUAAAGUGGUUCCGCUGGAGGACCCGGCCGGCCGAGAGGGCAGGCUUGAGGCCCGGAUGGGAGAUCGAGGCGUUUCUCGGGCCCGUGAGGCGGUAGCCAGGGUCAGAGCAGAGGUUGAUAAGCUAUCUGAGAAGGUCGUGUCAUUGGAGACGGAUCUUCGCAGUGGAAGCCGGGUUGACGACAAGGAAUUCAUUGUCUUGACAGAGUUGCUCAUGGUGAAGUUGCUCGAAUUGGACUCGAUCGAGGCUGAUGGAGAAGCAAGAGUUGAAAGGCGGAUUGAGGUUUGUCGAGUCCAGAGCAUUGUGGGAAUACUUGACAGUCUAAAGGCGAGAAACACCGACCCUUUGAGCGGAAGCAAAAAUGCUGCAGUGGCCGACAUCAAGAGCGAGCAGAUCGAGUCACGAAUUGGAAUCGUAACAGUCCAAGGCAGCUUGCAAUCUUCUACAAGAGUCACUCUGGACUGGGAAUUGUUUGAUUAGGGGAACUGAUCAGUCGAUAUAUAUCUACGUGCAAAGUGAAAAGAAAAUCGAGCAGACAUGCCGAGGAUUUGGUUUAUGCUUUUGGUCUCCUAAGUCGCAUCAUCUUAUCUUCCUAAGGAGUGGCCGAGUCGCUUCCAUUUCAUUGUCUCUGUGUUCCGUUCACAAGCAAAUCGAAGCAUCUUCGUUUUGUUUCAAUCUUUGAAAUGCAGGGUCUGAAAUUAUGAUGCAUUGGCAGCUGCAGAUAUAGAGCACGACUGGUUCUUCGCUCUUGUUCAGUAUUAUCAUAAAAAUUCUGACUAUAGCCCAAUUUCCCAAA